GUGUAUGCUACCGCUGCUGCUGUUGCUGCUGCUUCGUCAGACGGUAAUGGACAGUAUCCGGGAAUGGGAAUUGCGAGCAAAAAACAAGCUAUGGUAAUAGAUGGAAUGGAAGAAUCAAAUGUAUUGUACAUGAUUGACAGUAGCAGUAAGCUUGCCCGAAAGUUUACGCCAUGGAUACGGCGGUUUUAUAAUGCGUUGUUGGUUGGCGAUGCCGAUGAAUUUUUAUCAAAAUUUUCUAGCAUUUCGCGAGUCUUAAAAAAAAGUGCAGGUCGCAUGCGGUACGAACACAUGUCUAAGGAUCAGUUCGCGCAGCACGUAAUGAAUGGCAUAAUAUGUGCAUUCUUUGACAGAGCAGAAAAUACAUCAAUUCUUCAUCAUUUGGCGGCUUAUUCGUAUCAUUUUAAAUGCUUUGCGAUGGAACGAUCGCCGUGCUUUGCUUGCAUUGCGCACUAUGAGGACCGGGAAGACAGCGCUGCAUUUAGCUGCAGCUACCGGGCAGUUCUGUCAGAGGCCUCUAGUGAAUGCUUCGACCACUCAGGACGCGCUCCUAUUCAUUAUGUUGUUAUGAGGAAUGAUCUGCAUUUGGUGAAACUGCUUCUAUGGUAUGGUGCGGACGUCUCACUGAGGGAACGCUUGACAACACCAUUACAACUCGCCGGUCUCUCGCCAACCACCAUGCUGAUAUGCGAAUAUCUACACGCACGAGUGCAGGCGCUCCAGAGGGUUUUCAUGCAAUGGAUAAAGAAAUUUGUGAGAGGCGUAUGGACCCCUCAUCGUGCACUAAGCGAUCUGCAUUUCAUAAGGCUCGCGAAAGCAUGCGAUUGGAGAAGUGAUGCGCCUCGUGACCUCGUUACCAGAAAUCGAAAAGUACGCAUCAAUAUGUUGGAAACGCAUGCAAGUAAUCCACAGCAUAUCAAGAAAUGCCCGUUAAUGCUGCUUUUUGUUGUACCAACAUUUUACAAGGAAGAAGAUAGGCUUGCCGAUGCUUCCAAUCCGCAGAUCUUCUGCGCUACGUUGCAAAAUUUGAAUGGAUCAAUUGUCAAAUUGCUCCCUUUUCAACCUCUCUUGAGUAGCUCAAAUUGGAGUGUCGGAAUUCGAUCGGCAUUGGAAAAGCCGCAUAAUGGAUAUUUUUAUGUAUAUAAACUGCCUGAUGAUACCUAUACGCUUCACUUAACGGUAAAUUUGGAGGAGGUGCGCUUGGAUGCUUCACACAUUGCUCUCGCGAUACAAGCGUUUGCGUGUGGUCCACCGGAUCUGCGUCACUAUAACGAAUUGCGAGGACUAGCCACUUUAACUAAUAAAUCUAAGUUGGACUGA